AUGGAAGUGCCACCGACCUCGAGUGCGAACAGAACGGUGGUGCCACAUACGUUAUGCAGAUGGUGCAGACGUUUCGUCUUGAACCUUCAGAGUGACCUCGACGAUGCAACAGAGAACGGGCAAAGGUUCUACUCGCAUUUCGACGACAUCAGGAAGCUGAUCCAAGGGGCACAGGAGUUUCAAUGCCACUUGUGCUCGAUUUUGCUCGUCAAUCUCGAGGAGCGUAACGAAUCUACAGGAGUCGAUGCGAUCAUUGAGAAGACGAAGACCACAAAUCUCAUUCCUUCUAACCGUGUGCUGAUUACGUAUCUCCAAGAAACUCCAAAGUAUUCGAAGCAUCCUUGGAAAGCUUUCAACAUAUGCGUCGGAACGACAAAAGCCGAUGGUUCGGAACCUCUAGAAAUCGCGGCUCUUGCCCACCUUAUGCACAAUCUGGAAGGUGAGCUUGAAUAUGAAACGCCUAAACCUCAGUCUAAGUUCCUGGACAUCGCUCGGACAAGGCUCUCUGCUUGGACCCACUCGUAUGAGCACAUGCAACUUGUCAAAGCCUGGCUUGCUGCGUGCAUAACUCGACAUGAGUCUUGCCGGCCACGUCCUGGCUUGCGGAAACCAACCCGACUGUUAGAAAUCAGCGGCGAUGGCGACAUGAUCAAAUUGGUGCCCGGCGCAGCCAGCCCACGUGCCAAUUAUGCAGCCCUGAGCUAUUGCUGGGGCCAGGUGCCACAACUGAUGCUUCUUCGUUCCAAUUACAGCAACUUCGAAAGCGGCCUCCCUGUCUCAUCGCUGACCAUGGUAGCCCAAGAUGCGAUCAUUGUAUGCCGCGCUUUAGCGAUUCGAUAUCUCUGGAUCGACGCAAUGUGCAUAGUCCAGGGCGAAGACGGCGAUUUCAAGCAAGAAGCUGCUCGAAUGGAAGACGUCUAUGCCGGGUCGCUCGUGACUCUCGUUGCGGCGGCUGCUCGUGAUACGACAGAGCACUUCCUGAAGGAACGAAAUCCUCUGCCGUGGAUGGAUUGUCCAUUGUAUUUUGGCGACUCGCAUUGCUACCGAACAUAUGUCGAGGGCCGUGUUUUCUGCGAAUAUGGCAAAAAUAUUCCUGGCUUCUUUGCACUCGAUGCUCGAGGGUGGUGCUUUCAAGAACGUCUACUGUCACCACGAUCUCUCUAUUUUGGAUCCAACGGUCUGCAUUGGGAAUGCCGCGGUGGCCUUGGUUGCGAGUACUAUCCCAAAGUCGCGGCAAAACAUGGAGCAUUAGAUGAUGGCCUCCACGCUCAGAAUGCUCUGAAGAAUACGUAUGUGGCAAUCAAUGAGCUAGACUCUGAUCUUACGGACCCUAUGGUGUCUUUUCGCUUUCGGGAGCUAUGGGGCGUUGUUUUGGAACGAUAUUUCGACACCAAUCUGUCGUUUGAGAAGGAUCGACUGGUGGCGAUGGUUGGUCUGGCCAGAUCUCUGGAACACAAGUUCGAGAUACAAGCUUCCUACGGGCUCUGGCUUGCGUUCCUUUUGGAUGAGUUGCUCUGGUCAGUGGACACUGUGUCAAACGACACUACGCGGAACCUUGACAUUGCACCAUCAUGGUCCUGGGUUAACCUCAGAGACUGCAAAAUCUUCUGCAGCAACACCCUGCACAAGGGCGAGAUCGGCGAAGAGCAUCGCUUGGUGGAUUCGAUGUCAGCAGAUGUGGUCGAACCGCCAAAAGCGACUGACUUCACCGCAAGCAUGACUGGAGACUUCAGCAAAAGGCAGAAACAAGAUGACUUGUCUGACGUCGUGCGGCUGCGUGGGCGUUUGCGACGCUGCGUAAAACGAUGCACAAAGGCGAAGCGCAGUGGUGCUUCUGUCAUAUUCCUCGAUCCAUUCGAGUACCCGGAAGAAAAGACUCGAAACGCCGCUGUCUGCCGAUUAGACCAGGCCACUCAACACGACCAAAAUCUUUACUGUUUCUUGGUGCGGCGUGAAUACCGCACCGACAUCGAGCGCACAUCGACGAGCCACGAGAACAGCCAUGUCGACACAAUAUGGGAUCAUGGUCUGGUGCUUACUAGAACAGACGAGGGAACUUACGGCUACCGAAGAGUUGGUUUCUUCACAGAUGAACCUGAUGCUCGGGAACUACAACAUGUAUACGCAUCAGGUGGAAGAGGUGACGACUUAAUGUACUUGUUUCCCGGAUUACGAGAAGACUCAAAGGUCGAGAUUGCGAUUAUAUGA